UUACUGCUUCAUACACCUGUGAAGUAAAAACGAAAAAAGCUUUUCCUCGGCUUAUUGCACACAAACAAACGAAACGAUAUUGUUAUCUUAUCAGAGCGAUUGCAAAAGCUGCAAGAUAAAUGGCAGCGUAUUUGUGUUCAAGUUUUCGCCUCGCUGUUGUGCGUGCGUUCAAUUCCAACAUCAGUUAACGAACGACGAUAAAACGAAGCCAAACGAUCGGCCACAUGCGCUUUUGGUUCAAACCAAAUAAAAUACAAAAUAUCAAGAAGAUUUUAUAAUUACACUUAAACCUCAAACAUAACUUUUGUUUUGGUUUCUAUUCUUUGGCGACAAAAGUUCUAAGGGAAUCACUUCAAGAUGGUGUCUGUGGAAACAAUUGGAUCGAUAUUCAUCAAAGCAUUAAAAUUGACAGUCAAUAUUAUUGUGCUCAUUCUUUACUGUAUUGGCGAUGAAGGAAUUUUCUUGGGCGUCAGCGGCACAUGGAAUUUAAAUGAGGAGAAGAGCGCGUCGCCAGAAAUCGUAGCUUCCGGCAUUUUCGUUGGCUUUCUGAUCUACACCACAGUGCAUUCUGUGGCUUUCUUCUUUGGCACCACCAAACAUAAACGCGAGCUGACAGACACUCUAAUGAAUAUGGUCGGCACAGCCAUGUGGAUAGCCAUUGGUGGUGUGGCCCUCCACUAUUGGGGCGGUUACAUGUCUGAUCAGGACUUCCUCUAUGUGAAUGCUGAACGCCAAACCGGCAUCGCCAUGGGUGCGCUAUGUGUAAUUGAAGGCGCUCUCUACUUGCUGGACACAGUGCUGGCUUGCAUACACUAUUCUAAGGCAGAAGACGUCGAAUAUACAGGAGUAGAACAAUGAGCGGAGAUGGCGGAUAGAAUAUCAAUGGUGCCAAAUAUCGUUUUUCGAUAAUUUUUCAUCACUUACGAUACAUAUAUUUUUACACAAGUGCAAAUUAGUUUAAAAUACCGCUCAAUUCAUUAUAAGACAAGAAAACCUUUACCAUAAAACAAUCGUAGCCAUUCACAUUUGCGAAUUCAUAAAGUAGUACUAAAA